GCCAGGCCGUCUUCAGUUCUAUUCUCGCCGGUUUCUUUUUGCUUGAACUUUUUCAACUCUGCAAGCUUAAGAUGCAUUCGUAUCAUUAUGCUCCUGCUUUAAUGGCCGUCUUUGCCGCUUAUGCUCGCGGCGAUAUCAUAGGAGAUGCUCUUAACAACAUAGAUGCUGCAUAUGAUCCUUUUGAUGGUGGGGAUACCACAACAACCAGUUACAAUGAUGGUCAAUAUACACCAUUUACUCCAUCUCCUACAGAUACUACCACAGAUUAUGGAAGUACUACAGAUACAUCUACGGAUACACCUACAGACACACCUACAGACACACCUACAGAUACACCUACAGAUACACCUACAGAUACGACCACAACAACUACUGAUACUCCAACUGAUACGCCAACAACAACAACAACGACAGAUUUUUUCAGUACUACCACAACAGACUCCUUCUCUGUACCCACCAGCAGUAGCUUCUCAAGCUUUACUAGCAUGCCUCCCACAACAUCUUUCGUUCCUACUUCAACGGAUCUGUUCUCGAGCAGUUCAAUCGCCUCCUCCAGCACAGCUACACCUGCUCCUACCGACUCUGCUGGCGGUCUAAGCACUACCCAGAAAUCGAUUAUCGGCGGUGUUGUAGGAGGUGUUGGUGGCGCUGCUGUGGUGGGAGCAGCGGCCUUCUUCUUACUCAAGAGACGAAAGACAGAUAAAGGAGAUCUGGAGGUUUAUCAACCUGAAAAUGACUUUGACGAUGACACCUAUCCACAACAUGGCGGACGGCCUUAUUCAGACUAUGAUUAAGGGUCUCAAAACGGCCGACUUUGCUUAAGGCUCAAACCCUUUGACUGGUACUUACUAUUUAAUGAGCGUCCUCCUCGUGUUUCUCCAUUCUAUUGUACCACCGUUUGUUACAUAUGCCCCUUUGUAUUAACUCUCCUCUACACUGAG